AUGGCAUCCAUUGAUCUUGAAGCUGCACGAAUACGAACUUCGACUCUGCAUUUCACACCACAUUCAUCAACUUCUUCUGGGCUUAACAAGGCAAGGCCGUUACUACGUUGCAUGAUAUGGGCACUAAUUUUGCUCGUAAUAGCAAUUAGUGCAUGCACCUUCGCUGUGUGGUACGUUCUUCGUCCAAGAGUACCAAUUAUCCACAUUAACUCGUUCGAUAUAUCGAAUUCCACUCAAUAUAAGAUGGGAUUCACGGUAAAAAACCGCAACUUGUUAACGAGUUUGUGGUUUUGCACUUUGAAUAUGUCCUUGUUUUACAAUGGUCAUAAGAUUUCAAGUUCUUCUUUGGAGACAUUUUCUCUGAACAAAAUGAACGAGACAACCCAGAGUGUCGAGUUUGCUGUAGCCUCCCCAAACAUUUGGUUACAGAUUGAAGAAACAAAUGCUAUUGAUGACAUGGGAAUGGAAGUGACAAGAAAAAGACUAAGUUUCGAUGUGGAAGUGAGGGAUUCUGUUGUCAUCUCUGCUGGGAAGUUGUAUUACAACAAGAAGAAAAUGGAAAUCUUAUGUCAGGAUCUAAAGAUGGAGUACUUCUUUAAAGAGAGGAGCUGGAAAUUCAUGGGUGAAAAGAACUGCUUAGUUCGUUUUAGUAAUGCUUCCUGA